GUCAUUUAUGAAGUAUACAGCUUUUCAAAACUCUAUAUCAUAAAAACAGUUGCGAUUGACUUACCGAAAAAGAACGUAAUUUUAUCAGUUACUGAUUUGAAUAAUGAAUCUCAAAGGUAAAAUUGCGAGGUUAUACGUCAUUAAAAAGCUAUUAUCCGUGCACAUUACUAUAUGCAAAGCACAUUGUAAUAAACUUGUAAAUUCUUCACCCUUUCCAUGGAUGAUUGCAAGGAAUGAACAUCUUGUUUUGCAUACCGCAGAAAUCAAUUUCUCGGUCGCGUCAUAAAAGAGGAAUAAAUAUUCUCAUCUCACUAGAAUACUUGUCAAUAUGAUUUAUUCAAUAGUUUGAUGUGUUUCAGCAAUAAACGGAGUUAUUAUUUUGACAUUUAUUCGCGAUUAUGUCAGCGUCCCAUCCGAUUUACGGCAAAUAACUCUGAGCAGAUAAAAAUUGAAAAGUUACCGAAACAAUAUCAUUGCAAAAAUACAAAGAGAAAUUCGCAUCUAUGUUCUCGCACGAAUACUAGUGGAAUGUACCAGCGAAAGUUACUCAGUUACGAGGGAAAUUUUUAUGCACGGCCCACGAGACAUCAUAAAUCUAACGAGAUGCAACGAGAAAUUAUCGCGACAAGAGAAUCAACGAAGUGGAAACGCGAUAUUGCAAGGGACAUCGAACCGACAGAUAAUAAAGAUAAGGACUCAGAAAUGUGGGACAAUUGGAAUAAUUGGAGUGCGUGCAGCGUGACUUGCGGACAAGGACGACAAGUUCGUUGGCGUCAUUGUUUGUCUGAAUAUUGCAUCAAAGGUCUCAAGAAGGCUCAAUUAAAAAGUUGUCGUCUCAAGGAUUGCGGAACUAAAAAUUUUUUUGGCUGGCUCGGAAUAAAACCUUGAUAUGUGUGAAGUAUUCAAGGAAGUCACUCUGGAAAUUGGCAAAAUAUCAUCAAAUAUUAAUACAUUAGAAAGUAAUAUCAAAAAUAAACUGGAGGUCAAAUUGAGACCGCGACAUAAAAAUUAUAAUAUAAAUCACUAUAUCCAGGACGAAGAUAACGACAUUCCAAAACAGAUAAAACGAGCAGG